CACGUUCUGCAACUGCAAGCGAGCAGGCAGACAAAAAUACGUCUCGGCUGUGUCCGCCGUGUUCGAAGUGGUUUUUCGAUGGAAUCGUCGUGAGUUUCUAGUUUCUAGUGCUUUCAAAGUGUGGAAUUUAUCAUUUGGAGUACAGGUGGCUGACUUAAUUUGUCCCACCUCAACCCGUGAGACAAAUACCGUGGAAGCGGCUUUAGAAGACCGAAGCUGGUACUACGAUGACGGACGUGAGCGAAGCAGAUGUUCCGCCUCAGACCAACGGCUUUGGCUCCGAUGGUGUGGACGAAGAUGACAGGAGUAAAAUGAGACCAGCUGAUAUCGAUGCAGACAUGAGAGAGAUGGAGCGGAGGAAGAGGGUGGAGAUGAUCAUGAGCUCUCGGUUGUUUAGAGAGGAGCUGGAGAGGAUCAUAGAGACACAACUCAAGGAUGGCAACGGACCAGCCGGACUGCUACAGCAGAUCUCCGACAUGAUGGGCGUGCAGGGCGGUCGUCUGCAGAACACCAACUUUUUUAAAAGUUCAAACUGUGUGGUGCCAAUAAAUGAUAUUAGAGGGGUAGAAAGUAUGGGUUACGCAAAAGGAGAAAAAAUUCUAAGAUGUAAACUUGCUGCUGUAUAUAGACUCAUGGACCUAUACGGAUGGACUCAAAACAUCUACAAUCACAUCACUGCUAGAUUAAAUCAAGACCAGGAGCACUUUUUGGUGAACCCGUUUGGCAUGCUAUACCACGAGAUCACUGCCAGCAGUCUGGUAAAGGUGGAUAUGCAGGGGGCCGUGGUAGAGCAGGGAACCACCAACUUUGGAGUGAAUGUGGCAGGCUUCCAGCUCCAUGCAGCCGUCCACGCAGCCCGACCUGACAUCAAGUGUAUCAUCCAUCUGCAUACACCCUCCGUCCUGGCGGUGUCAUCGACAAAGUGCGGCCUGUUACCUUUGUGCCAGGAGUCCAUUGUGAUAGGCGAGGUCAGUCAACACAACUAUCUCGGCUCCCUAAACGAACCUGAGGAGAAGGAGAAACUCGCGAGAGAUCUUGGGCCAAUGAACAAGGUAUUGCUAUUAACCAAUCACGGUGCCGUCUGCUGUGGUGAGUCGAUAGAAGAAGCUUUCUACAAUGUUUACAACUUGGUGCUGGCCUGUGAAACUCAGUUGAAGUUAAUGCCAAUAGGCAUUGAAAACCUGCAAUUAAUUCCUGACGAGACGAGGAAACAGAUAUACGAUGCUGCGAGAAAUGCCCCCGAAGGUACUGCCCCUCCUCCUUCUCAAAUCGACAAGAAGGAGAAACGAUUCAGGGUUGGUGGACUCGAGUAUGAAGCUUUAAUGCGCAUGAUGGACAAUGCAGGGUUCAGGACGGGGUAUAUCUACAGGCAGCCGCUGGUCAAGGGAGACCCUCCCAAACCCCGCAACGAUGUAGAAGUCCCACCCGCUGUCUCAUCUCUAGGAUACCUUCUGGAAGAAGAAGAGAUGUACAAGCAUGGUAACUGGAAGAAGUAUGUGGACGGACGCAAGAGCAAUGACAGAACACGUUGGCUCAACUCUCCCAACGUGUAUCAGAAGGUGGAGAUAUUGGAGACUGGAACUCCAGAUCCCAAGAAGAUCACUAAGUGGGUGGAAGCAAACGCAGAAGAGUGGGUUGCGGAAGGUUCCCCUCAACACAGCAGUACGCCUGUCAAGAUAGAAUCCGCCCUGCAAUUUGUACCCAAGAACACCAAUCCCAAAGAGUUCAAGAAACUACAGCAACUGAUAAAAGAGAAUAGAAGAGCGGACAAAAUCACCUCAGGACCUCAAUCUCACAUUCUAGAAGGGGUUUCAUGGGAAGAAGCCAAGAAACUUCAGGAUGCCAACAUCAGUCAGACAGGAGACCAGGUGAUCUUGGUAGGAGCUGCCUCCAAGGGUAUCAUCCAGCGAGGGUUCCAGCACAACGCCACUGUCUACAAGACACCGUACGCCAAGAACCCCUUCGACCAGGUCUCUGACGCAGAGUUGGAGGAUUACAAGCGAAACAUCAUCCGCAAGCAGCGUGGCGAGUCUUCUUAUGAAGAGGACCAAAGUGAAAGCGAAGCAUUGUCAUCGUCUGCAGCCUUGCCACCUACAGGAAUCAAGUCACCUGCUAGUGAAACUGAAGAGGAAAGCCGAGAUGGACCUCGAGUUUUACGAAUAGAAACAAAGCAAGUGCCCCGUCCCAGCCAGGCUGAAGUUGUGCUCAGUGAUGAAGGUGAUUCCCUGGAAAGUGACUUGCCUCCUACUCUGAUGCUGCGCUCCAAGUCAUCACGGUAUCCUGAGAAAGAACUGAUCAAACAGAUGAAUCGCUCCAACUCCCUUGGACGUAACCAGAAAAGUAUUAAAGGAGAGAACACUUACAAUGGAGACCAUUCUGACGCUCAUCAGAGUACAUUCUCACAUAGCAGUAAAGAAGGCUAUUUACCCUUGACUAUAGCUUGGCUUGCCAGUCUACCAGUACAAGUGCCCUUUAACAAACCGGUAGGUUCCCCUACAAAAGAUAUCUCUACAGAAGAAUCACCCAAAAAAGAUAAGAAAAAGAAGAAAGGGUUAAGAACUCCAUCUUUCCUCAAGAAAAAGAAGGAAAAGAAAAAGAUAGCUGAAGCAUAAAGAUACUGCCAACAUUCACACAUACGACUCUCAAGCAAGAAAGUCACUGCCGGUGUCAAGUUUUGUGGGCCAACGUAGGUGCUUUUAGGGGCUUGAACUGUUCGCUGCACACAUUUCAAGAACUGAACAUUGUAUAAGCUUGUCGAUGUACAGAAGUGAAGUGCAAAAACUAAAUCAUUGUCGCCAAUCUCUUGACCGCAAAGCUAAAGUCUAGGUAUAUAAACUAUCAUCGGAGUUUUUAUUUUAAAUAAAUGCUUUUUUUAUUAAGUUUUUUAACAGUAGCAGGAUAAAAUGUUUGCAAUUAUUUUAAAAAUCUAUUGUAAAUCUAUUUAAAAGUGUGUAGAAUUGAAUGUGUGAGUACAGAAGCGUGCUGGUGCACGACUCUAUUAUAAUCUUCGUUGCUGUGCAUGUUUCCAUGUCUACUCUCUGUAGUUAGUUAGUUCCACUGUUUUUCAAAUAAUUCAUUAUUUUUAAAAUGUUAUAAAAUUGCAAAUUAUAUGAAGAAAGCUUUAUGUAUCUAUGAGAUUUUUAAUAAUAUAUGUUUGAGUGAGUGAGAGAAAGAGAGUGUGUGUGUGUGUGUGAUAAGUGUGUGUCACGCCCUAGUACGAGCGUUUGAAUUCAGUUUUAAUCACUUGAUUCUUGUUCACUAUUUUAUUGUAACAUUAUUUGAUCAUCAAAUAUCUAUUCCGAUCGUAGUAUCGUAAGCCACAGCCGAAUCAAAAGUUUUGCUACUUAUUCACCCACUAUUGUUCAUGCUAUGUUAGUAUCCAUUUUUUUAAUGAUCAUCAUAAAUCUCUGAGAGCAAAGUUAUGUCUGUAAUAUGUUGUUGAUUUUUAAUAUGUACUCGCUUUUAGCAUUAUUUAUUGUUUAUUUUACAUAUUGUUUAUGUUGUUGUCAUUUAAACAUUAUUUUAUAACUCAUAUUUCAUUAUUUUAUGUUAGUUUUAUGUGUAAAGAUAAAAAAGACAUAAGUUUGUUCUCAGACUGUUGUAACAAAUGCAUAAACAGAUUUGUUUUCAAUAAAACUCUGUUCAAAAGUUGGAACAAAAGAAA